AUGCCUAUCUGCCCUACCUGCCAAGAGAGCUUUGCCAGUAGAAAGGAAUACAGCUCCCAUGCCAAGAAGUGUGUCCAAGAGGCCACCAUUAGGCUGCCUCACAUCAACCAGACCAUCAACCUGAAAAGGGAUGAGGAGGGGAAUUUCAUUUGUCAUUGUUCUGCCAUGGGGUGUCCCAAACCCUUCAAGUAUGCUAACAGUAUGAGAACUCACAUCAUCAAGGCUGGCAGUAGGUGGAAGGGACAGGGCAAUCCAUCCAUAGGAAAACUUGACUUGCAUGAUGAGAUCAAUGAGAGUAGCAGCAGUGAUGAAGGUGAAGGUAAAGCAGGUGGUCCUAGCAGGGCCAGCAAGCACUUGCACGAUGAGAUCAGUGAGGGUGACAGUAGUGACAAGGGCAAAGCAGGUGGUCCCAGCAGGGCUAGAAAGCACUUGCAUGAUGAUAUCAGUGAGAGUGACAGCAGAGAUUUCCAUCAAGCAUCCAUUGGAUCACCAAUAGCAGAGGAUUUGGGUCAGAUCCCAUCUCCUAACUGGUCAAUGCCACAAGAUGGAAUCAUGCAUUCACCACCACCAGCAAUCAUCCAGGGUGAUGUGAGGAUGGUGUCACCUACAGCCCACAAGUCAGUCCCUCCUCAAAAAUCCCCUCAAGCACCAGCACCACAAUUGCCAUCUCUCAUGUUCUCUCAGUCAGAAAUCCAAGCCCACAACCAGAACACUGGCAAUGUUGUGCCCUCUUUAGCACAAAGGUCAUGGCAGCCAAACUUGCCAUUGACCACAGCCCCAGGACUCAUCUCUGACAAGUUUCUGGAUUCAUUGAACCUUGCAGUGAAUGCAGAGUUCCACUUCCUGACAUGCCAAGUCUGUGAAAUGGCAUUAAGAGCAGGAGAAGUCAAGAGCCAUCUGGCAAAGAUCCAUGGCAGACAGGCAACCUACAGUGACAUGACCUUGAAGCUUGCCAUGGCAUCACUGGAGGUGACAGAACAGCUGCCCACUGGUAUUACUGGGCCUAGAACCAUUGUCCAUGGUCUAAAAGUCAUUGAGGCCAUGGCUUGCAGUCACUGUGAUUUCUUGUCCAGGUCAACAGAGCAUCUGCAGAAACAUCACUCCAGAGAUCAUCCAAUGGAAACUAGACCAAAACAUUGGAGAGCUUGCAAGGUACAGCAUUUGAAAGAAAGCUCAGGGGAACUGCAGGCAUUCUGGGAGGUUGAGGAUGGAGACAAGCAGAGCCAACCAACAGCCAGACAGGUACUGCUCAAAGAACUGGAGCCCACACUAGAGGUGGUCCAAUCACCACCAGAUGGUCACAUGGUCAGCCCUUGGUUGUUGACAACACAGUGGCAUGAACACCUUGCUGGCAAGAACAUCAAACAGCAGUGUGGCCUGGUCAUGUUACCCAAGGCAGAUGAUGGUCUCAUUCCUGGACUGAAGGAGGUGGUUCAAGCAUACUAUCAAAAGGCCCUCAGUCUGCUGGAGCACACAGGAGAGAUUGUCCAGAAAAGGUUGAAUUCCCCCAAUCCCAUGAAAAGUGGCCUGUCCAACACACCCUUCCACAAGCACCUGUAUGAGUCAACCAUGAAACAGUACAUCAUCCCAGUGGUGAUUCUGCUGGCAAUGUUGAUCAGACAACAGUACAGUGGAGGGCCAUUCUCUGGUUCAAAUCCCAAGCUGUUAGAUCUCUUGGCAGUGCUUCGCAUCGGUCAAGAAGACACAGAAGCAUUGUCACUCAUCCAUGAGUUGCUGUUCCAGCUCUGGAGCACAGCAUGGAAGCAUCAAGGAGACAGGGACAUUGUGGACCCCACUGAAAGGUGUCUUGCCCUGAUGACUCUCAGAGAAGAUGGUGCCUUCAAAGAGCCACAUCAAGUCACCCCGAUCAUAGCCAGGUUGGAGUACUGCAUGCGACUCACCUUUCUCAUGGAGAUCCACAGUCACAUGGAGUCAGACCCACAGAAGGAUGAAGAGGAGCACUGUUCAGACCUGGAGAGCUUCUUUGUGGAGAAUACCCGAUAUACUUUCUCCCAUCUAGGGGAGCAGGUGGACUUUGCUGAUCUCUGCAAGGUCUUUGAAGGGACAGAGGUCAAGCUGGUAGAGGCAUGGGAACAGGGGAUCCUGAUGGGCCAUGACAUCAGAGCAGACUAUGACAGGAUUGCAGAGGACUUGGUCAACAAAGAUGUUGGCUACUCCUUCCUUUCUGAUGUCAGAAAUCCACAGCUUGCAGGUAGGGAUAGGCUGGUGAAGCACUUCCUAGAAGAUGAGGACACAUUUGCCCACUUUGCCAUGAUCAGGCAGGGAGCCAUCAUAUGGAACACUGGUGCCCUUCAAGCAUGGUUGAAGAAGUAUGCAGAGCUGCAAAGCUUGCUACUUUUGCGAGCCCAGAUGCUCAGUGGGGCUCCAAGUCAUGGCACAGAACUAACUGCCAUGACCUAUCGCAACACCCAGACCCUGGCCAACUCGGAACCUGGCAGGAAAGACAAGCUGAUCCCUCAUGCCCUGGAUGGCAUCACCAGUGACAUCUUGGUCUUGGCACAGUGCAAAUACCCUAAUACAGAAUCUAAUCCAGGGUCUGGUACAGAUGAUAUGGCUUCAGAGUGUGGUACAGGAUCGGAUGCAGAGUCAGAAUAG